AUGGAUGCUACUGGGGGAGGUUUGCAAGCUUCCUUGCAGCAGCUGCAGGAGUCCUUGUCCGCUGUGGACCGCAGUGUAGCAGCUAUGGCCGGUUAUCAGCUGAUCCGCGGCCUGGGCCUGGAAUGCGUGCUGAGCGCCAGCCCCGCGGCACUGGCAUUACAGACUUCCUUAGUUUUUUCCAAAGAUUUUGGUUUGCUUGUGUUUGUGCGGAAAUCACUGAGCAUUGAAGAAUUUCGUGAUUGUAGAGAAGAAGUCUUAAAAUUUUUAUAUAUUUUCUUAGAAAAAAUUGGCCAGAAGAUUACACCUUAUUCUCUUGAUAUUAAGAAUACUUGUACCAGUGUUUAUACGAAAGAUAAAGCUGCUAAAUGUAAAAUUCCAGCCCUAGACCUUCUUAUUAAGUUACUUCAGACUUUGAGAAGUUCUAGCCUCAUGGAAGAAUUCAAUAUUGGAGAAUUAUUUAGCAAAUUCUAUGGAGAACUUGCAUUGAAAACAAAAAUACCAGGUACAGUUUUAGAAAAAAUAUAUGAGCUCCUAGGAGUAUUAGGUGAAGUUCAUCCUAGUGAGAUGGUAAAUAAUUCUGAAAAACUGUUCCGAGCUUUUUUGGGUGAACUUAAGACCCAGAUGACAUUCACAGUAAGAGAGCCCAAACUACCUCUUGUGGCAGGAUGUCUUAAGGGCUUAUCUUCACUUAUGUGUAACUUCACUAAGUCCAUGGAGGAAGAUCCCCAGACUUCAAGAGAAAUUUUUGAUUUUUCACUAAAGGCAAUUCGUCCUCAGAUUGACCUGAAGAGAUAUGCUGUGCCUUCAGCUGGUUUGCACUUGUUUGCCCUGCAUGCGUCCCAGUUCAGCACCUGCCUUCUGGACAACUACAUGUCUUUAUUUGAAGUGCUAUCUAAAUGGUGUGGCCAUACCAAUGUAGAGGUGAAGAAAGGUGCACAUGCAGCCUUGGAGGCCUUUCUGAAACAGGUUUCUUUUAUGGUGGCAAGAGAUCCAGAAAAGCAUAAAAGUACACUGCAGCACUUUAUGAAACAGUUCUAUGAAAUCAUCAGAGACAUGGAUUCAAGUAACAAGGAGUUAUCCAUUGCUAUUCGUGGAUAUGGACUUUUUGCUGGACCUUGUAAGGCAAUCAGUCCAGAGAACGUGGACUGGAUGUAUGUGGAGCUCAUCCAGCGCUGCAGACAGAUGUUCCUGACUCCAACAGAUACCACCGACGAUCAUGUCUACCAGAUGCCGAGUUUCCUCCAGUCAAUUGCCAGUGUCUUGCUUUACCUUGAUACUGUUCCUCAGGUGUACACGCCAGUUCUGGAGCACCUAAUGGUGGUUCAUAUAGACAGUUUCCCACAAUAUAGUCCAAAAAUGCAGUCAGUGUGUUGCAGAGCCAUAGUGAAAGUUUUCUUGGCCUUAGCUGACAAAGGACCAGUUCUCUGGAAUUGCAUUGGUACUGUGGUACAUCAGGGUUUAAUCAGAAUAUGUUCUAAACCAGUGGUCCUUCAAAAGAACACUGCAGCUGAAUCUGAAGACCUUCGUGGCUCUGGGGAAGUGCGAACUGGCAAGUGGAAAGUACCCGUGGCCAAAGACUAUUUGGAUCUAUUUAGAAAUAUCAUGAGUUGUGACCAGAUAAUGGAUUCUAUCUUAGCAGAUGAAACAUUUCUCUUUGUGAAUUCCUCCCUUCAAAGUCUGAAUCGUUUGCUAUAUGAUGAAUUUAUAAAAUCUGUUUUGAAGAUUAUUGAGAAAUUGGAUCUUACACUAGAAAAACAGAAUGUUGAGGAGUCACAGGAUGAGAAUGAAGCUACUAGUGUUUGGGUGAUCCCAACCUCAGAUCCAGCUGCUAACUUGCAUCCUGCUAAACCUCAAGAUUUUUCAGCUUUCAUUAACCUGGUGGAAUUUUGCAGAGAGAUUGUUCCUGAGACACAUGUAGAAUUUUUUGAGCCAUGGGUAUAUUCACUUGCAUUUGAGUUAAUUUUGCGGUCUACGCAGUUGCCGCUCAUCAGUGGUUUCUACAAAUUGCUUUCAGUUGUAGUGAGUAAUGCCAAGAAAAUGAAGUAUUUUGAGGGCAUUAGUCCAAAGAGUCUGAAACAAUCCUCUGAGGAUGCAGAAAAGUAUUCAUGUUUUGCUUUAUUUGCAAAAUUUGGUAAAGAGGUGUCAGUUAAAAUGAAGCAAUACAAAGAUGAACUUUUGGCUUCUUGCUUGACCUUCAUUCUGUCUCUGCCAUGCGACAUCAUUGAGCUUGAUGUGAGAGCCUACGUUCCUGCAUUGCAAAUGGCUUUCAAACUGGGCUUGAGCUAUACCCCAUUGGUGGAAAUUGGUCUGAAUGCCCUAGAAGAAUGGUCACUUAACAUCUCCAAAUAUGUAAUUCAGCCAUAUUACAAAGACAUUCUACCCUACCUUGACAGUUAUCUGAGAACUUCAGUUUUAUCAGAUGAGUCCAAGAAUAAUUGGGAAGUAUCUGCCCUUGCUCAGGCUUCCCAGAAGGGGUUUCAUAAAGUUGUGUUGAAACAUCUGAAGAGGACAAAGAACACGGCAGCAAAUGAAGCACUGUCCUUAGAAGCAAUAAGAGUUAAAGUAGUAAAAAUGCUUGGAUCUCUAGGAGGACAAAUAAACAGAAAUCUUGUAACAGCUUCAUCUUCAGAUGAAAUGAUGAAGAGAUAUGUAGCGUGGGACAUAGAAAAGAGGCUUCGUUUUGCCAUGCCUUUUGUGGAAAUGAAGCCCAUCAUUUAUCUGGAUGUCUUCUUGCCCCGGGUCACAGAAUUAGCUCUGUUAGCUAGUGACAGACAGACUAAAGUUACAGCAUGUGAACUUUUACAUAGUAUGGUUAUGUUUAUGUUGGGAAAGGCCACUCAGAUACCUAACGGUGACUGUGGCUCCCCACCCAUGUAUCAGCUCUAUAAGCGGACUUUCCCUGUGCUGCUCCGACUUGCAUGUGAUGUAGAUCAGGUGACAAGGCAAUUGUAUGAGCCAUUAGUCAUGCAACUGAUCCACUGGUUCACCAACAACAAGAAAUUUGAAAGUCAGGAUACUGUUGCCCUACUAGAAACUAUAUUGGAUGGAAUUGUAGAUCCUAUUGACAGUAUUUUAAGAGACUUUUGUGGUCGCUGUGUUCGAGAAUUCCUCAAGUGGUCCAUUAAGCACACGACACCACAACAACAGGAAAAAAGUCCAGUAAACACCAAAUCGCUUUUUAAGCGACUGUACAGCUUUGCACUGCACCCCAGUGCUUCCAAGAGGCUGGGGGCUGCACUUGCUUUUAAUAAUAUCUACAGGGAAUUCAGGGAAGAAGAGUCCCUAGUAGAACAGUUUGUGUUUGAAGCCUUGGUUGUCUAUAUGGAAAGUCUGGCCUUAGCACAUACAGAUGACAAAUCCUUGGGCACAAUCCAACAGUGUUGUGAUGCCGUUGAUCACCUACGGCACAUCAUUGAGAAGAAGCAUGUUUCUUUAAACAAGGCAAAAAGACGGCGUUUGCCACGAGGAUUCCCUCCUGCAUCUUCACUGUGCUUGCUAGAUCUGGUCCGGUGGCUUUUAACCCACUGUGGAAGGCCCCAGAUGGAGUGUCGGCACAAAUCAAUAGAGCUUUUUUAUAAAUUUGUUCCUUUAUUACCAGGCAACAAAUCUACUUCUGUGUGGCUGAAUGACAUUAUCAAGAAAGAAGAUAUUUCUUUUCUUAUACACCAGUUUGAAGGGGGAGGAGGGAGUAGUGACAAUCUCUCUGGCAUCCUUGCUCAGCCUACUCUUGGCCAUGUCCCAGGGCCCUUUAGUCUUCGUGUGACCCUUCAAUGGAUGGACAUGCUAUUGGCAGCACUAGAAUGCUACAACACUUUUAUUGGAGAGAAGUCCAUCGGAGCACUUGAGGUCCUGGGUACUGAAGCACAGUCUUCACUUUUGCAAGCAGUGGCUUUCUUCUUAGAGAACCUUGCUAUGCAUGAUAUUACAGCAGCAGAACAGUGCUUUGGCUCUGGCACAACUGGUGACAUUCCCAGCCCACAGGAAAGAGAAGUAUAUAAUUAUAGUAAAUGCACUGUUGUGGUUCGGAUUAUGGAAUUUACCACAACGCUGCUCAACAUUUCUCCGGAAGCAUGGAAGUUCCUUCAGAAAGAUUUACUAAACACCAGCCUUGUGAAGCUUGUAGUGAAAACACUGUGUGAGCCUGUGAGUGUGGGCUUCAAUAUGGGUGAUAUUCAGGUCAUGAAUCAUCUUCCUGGUGUGUGUGUGAACCUGAUGGCAGCACUGAAGAAGUUACCAUAUAAAGACAUCCUAGAGACACACCUCCUGGAAAAAAUACCAAUGCAGAGCAUUGAGGAUCUCUGUGUUAUUAACCUGUAUGAUCAUGGGGACAGGACCAAACUGACUUCUUUGGUGUCAGCAUGUAAGCACCUUCAUAAAGCUGGGUUCUUGCAUGCUAUAUUACCAUCACAGUCUCCAGAUCUUCAUCACUCUAUUGGCACAAAACUUCUUUACCUGGUUUAUAAAGGCAUCACACCUGGAGAGGAAGGACAGUGUCUUCCUGUGCUAGAUACCAGCUGUAAGCAGUUGGCCAGUAGAAUUCUGGAGCUGGCUUUUGUUUUUGGAGGACAGUGCGAGCAACUGGUCGGUCUCCUCCUGAGCACAGCAGUGCUGUCCAUGCCAUCUUUGGGCCGGUUGCAGAGAAGCAUCGUCAGCUUUUCCCAUGGAGAGUAUUUUUAUAGCUUGUUCUCAGAAACUAUCAAUACUGAGUUGUUGAAGAAUAUAGAUAUUGCUGUGAUGGAGCUCAUGAAAUCAUCUGAGGAGAAUCCCAAAAUGGUGAGUGCUGUUUUGAAUGGCAUGCUAGAUCAGAGCUUCAGGGAUCGAGCCAUUCAGAAACACCAAGGACUAAACCUUGUGACUGCAGUUCUGCAAAACUGGAAGAAGUGUGAGUCAUGGUGGGCCAACGAUUCUGCUCCUGAAAGUAAAAUGGCAGUGCUGACCUUGCUGGCAAAAAUUUUACAGAUCGAUUCAUCUGUAUCUUUUAAUACAAAUCACAGCUCAUUUCCUGAAAUCUUUAGAACAUAUACUAGUCUGCUUGCUGACUCAAGGUUGGGUCUACAUUUAAAAGGUCAAGCUAUAAUUAUUCUUCCGUUCUUCACCAAUCUUACUGGAGGAAAUCUUGAGGACCUUAAGCAUGUUCUUGAAAAACUUGUGGUUUCUAAUUUCCCUAUGAAGUCAGAUGAAUUUCCCCAGGGAACACUACAGUAUAAUAAUUAUGUGGACUGCAUGAAAAAGUUUCUAGAUGCAUUGGAAUUGUCUCAAAGUCCUGUAUUGUUGCAAUUGAUGACAGAAAUUCUUUGUCGGGAACAGCAACAUGUUAUGGAAGAAUUAUUUCAAUCCACUUUCAAAAGAAUUGCCAGUAGGAGUUCAUGUACAACACAAUUAGAACUUCUGGAAACUGUAUACAGAAUGUUUGGGAGGGAUGACCUACUUUCAAAUACCACACGCCAGGCAUUUGUAGAUCGCUCUCUCCUCACUCUGCUGUGGCACUGUACUCUGAAUGCUUUGAGAGAAUUUUUUAGCAAAAUUGUGGUGGAUGCCAUUGAUGUGUUGAAGUCCAGAUUUAUAAAGCUAAAUGAAUCUACUUUUGAUACUCAAAUCACCAAGAAGAUGGGCUAUUUUAAGAUGCUAGAUAUGAUGUAUUCUCGUCUUCCAAGAGAUGAUGUUCACUCUAAGGAGUCAAAAAUCAAUCAAGUUUUCCAUGGCUCUUGUAAUACAGAAGGAAAUGAACUUACAAAGACACUUAUUAAAUUGUGCUAUGAUGCAUUUACAGAGAACAUGGCAGGGGAGAAUCAGUUACUGGAAAGAAGAAGGCUUUAUCAUUGUGCUGCAUACAAUUGUGCCAUUUCUGUUAUUUGCUGUGUCUUCAGUGAAUUAAAAUUCUACCAAGGUUUUCUGUUCAGUGAAAAACCAGAAAAGAACUUGCUUAUUUUUGAAAAUCUGAUAGACCUGAAUCACUGCUAUACAUUUCCUGUAGAAGUUGAGGUCCCUAUGGAAAGGAAGAAAAAGUACAUUGAAAUUAGGAAAGAAGCCAGGGAAGCAGCAAAUGGGGACUCAGGUGGUCCUCGUUACAUAUCUUCUUUGUCGUAUUUGUCAGACAGUAGCCUCAGUGAGGAAAUGAGCCAAUUUGAUUUUUCAACUGGAGUUCAGAGUUAUUCAUACAGUACCCAAGACCUCAAAGCUACUGGUCAUUUUCGGAGACAGGAUCAUCAGGAACCUGUGGGCCGAAAUGAAUUCAUGGAGCUGGAGAUGGAUGAGCUCAACCAGCAUGAGUGUAUGCCUCCUUUGACAGCUGUGAUUAAGCAUAUGCAGAGAAUCCAGGUCACCCGAAGGAUAGAGGAGGAUUCAGUGCCAAGCAGUCUUCCUCCUUGGAUGAAAUUUCUUCAUGACAAAGUGGCAAAUCCAUCAGUGCCAUUAAAUAUCCGUCUCUUUUUAGCCAAACUUGUUAUUAAUGCAGAAGAAGUCUUUCGCCCUUAUGCAAAGCACUGGCUGAGCCCCUUACUACAGUUGGUUGUUUCUGAGAAUAAUGGUGGAGAAGGAAUUCACUAUAUGGUGGUUGAGAUUGUGGUCACUGUUUUGUCAUGGACAGGCAUUGCUACUCCGCUAGGAGUCCCUAGAGAUGAGGUGUUAGCAAAUCGAUUACUUCAUUUCCUAAUGAAACAUGUCUUUCAUCAAAAAAGAGCCAUCUUUAGACACAACCUUGAAAUUAUAAAAACUCUUGUUGAAUGCUGGAAAGACUGCUUAUCCGUCCCUUACAGGUUAAUAUUUGAAAAAUUUUCCAGUAAAGAUCCUAACUCUAAAGACAAUUCUGUAGGAAUUCAGUUAUUAGGAAUUGUUAUGGCCAAUAGCUUGUCUCCUUUUGACCCAAAAUGUGGCAUAGAGGAUAUAACGUACUUUGAAGCUUUGGUUAAUAAUAUGUCAUUUGUAAAACAUAAAGAGGUAUAUGCAGCAGCAGCAGAACUUCUGGGACUUAUUCUUCAAUAUGUUGCUGAGAAAGAAAAUGUACUGGAGGAGUUGGUUUCUGAACUGGUUGUGAAACAGUUGAAGCAGCAUCAAAAUACAAUGGAGGACAAGUUCAUUGUGUGCUUGAGCAAAGCUGCACAGCACUACCCUCCUCUGGCUGAUAGGUUUAUGAAUGUGGUGUUCUUCCUGCUGCCUAAAUUCCACGGUGUGAUGAAGACUCUGUGCCUAGAGGUAGUGCUUUGUCGUGCAGAGAAAAUAGAAGAUCUCUACUUGAAGCUAAAGAGCAAAGAUUUCAACCAAGUCAUGAGACACAGAGAUGAUAAAAGACAAAAAGUGUGUUUGGAUAUAAUUUAUAAGAUGAUGGCAAAAUUGAAACCACUAGAACUUCGAGAACUUAUGAAUUCUAUUGUAGAAUUCAUUUCCCAUCCAUCUCCGAUAUGUAGGGAACAAAUGUAUAAUAUUCUUAUGUGGAUUCAUGACAAUUAUAGAGAUCCAGAAAGUCAAACAGAUGUUGACUCCCAGGAAAUAUUUAAGCUGGCAAAAGAUGUAUUGAUUCAAGGAUUGAUUGAUGAGAAUCUUGGACUUCAAUUAAUUAUUCGAAAUUUCUGGAGUCAUGAAACUAGGUUACCAUCACAUACUUUGGACCGAUUAUUGGCAUUAAAUUCAUUAUAUUCUCCUAAAAUAGAAACACACUUUCUAGGUUUAGCAACAGAUUUUCUACUUGAAAUGACCAGCCUGAGCCCAGAUUAUCCAAACCCUAUAUUUGAGCAUCCUCUAUCAGAAUGUAAAUUUCAGGAAUACACUAUUGAUUCUGACUGGCGUUUCCGAAGUACUGUUCUUACUCCAAUGUUUAUUGAGACUCAGAUCUCUCAAAGUGCUCUCCAGACCCGAACUCAAGAUGGCUCCCUCAUGGCUGAGAGACUAAAUUCUAGACAAGUAAGGACUACCCAGCAGCACUGGGACUUCACACCUACCCAAAACACAGAUGGAAGAAGCUCAUUUAAUUGGCUAACUGGAAGCAUCAUUGACCCAUUGGCAGAUUACAUGGUCUCACUGGCAUCUGAUUCCCUCUCUUCCUCCUUGCUGUUUGUCCACAAAAGGAGGGAAAAAUCAUCGAGAGCAUCCUUGAAGUCAGUGGGACUUAAUUUUGGGAAAAAGAAGCUAGUCCUUCCAGGGGAUGAAGUGGAUAGCAAAGUUAAAGGCACAGAUGAUGGGGCAGAAAUACUAAGAUUACGUAGACGAUUUUUAAAGGACCAAGCAAAGCUCAGUUUGAUUUAUGCCAGAAAAGGUAUUGCUGAGCAGAAACGAGAGAAGGAGAUCAAAACUGAGUUAAAAAUGAAGCAGGAUGCCCAAGUCAUUCUUUACAGAAGUUACCGCCAGGGAGAACUUCCUGACAUUCAGAUUAAACACAGCAGCUUGAUCACCCCCUUACAAGCUAUGGCCCAGAGAGACCCAGUAAUUGCAAAACAGCUCUUCAGCAGCUUGUUUUCUGGAAUUCUAAAAGAGAUGGAUAAAUUUAAGACAAUGUCUGAAAAAAACAGCAUUACUCAAAAGUUGCUUCAGGACUUCAAUCAUUUUCUUAAUACCACUUUCUCUUUCUUUCCACCUUUUGUCUCCUGUAUCCAGGAAGUGAGUUGCCAACACCCGGACUUGUUUGGCCUUGACCCGGCCUUGGUGAGUGCUGGCUGCCUGGCCAGCCUACAGCAGCCUGUUGGCAUCCUGCUCCUGGAGGAGGCUCUGCUCCACCUGGAGCCCCCAGAGCCUCUGGCCAAGCGGGCCCGGGGAGUGCCCCACCCCUCUCCUGAAGUCUUCAGAUGGAUUGAGCUUGCAAAAUUGUAUAGAUCAAUUGGAGAAUAUGAUGUCCUCCGUGGUAUUUUUAGCAGUGAAAUAGGAACAAAGCAAGUUACUCAGAAUGCGUUAUUAGCAGAAGCCAGAAGUGAUUAUUCUGAAGCUGCUAAGCAAUACAAUGAGGCUCUCAAUAAGCAAGACUGGUUGGAUGGUGAGCCCACAGAAGCAGAAAAGGAUUUUUGGGAACUAGCCUCCCUAGACUGCUAUAACCACCUCACUGAGUGGAGAUCACUGGCAUACUGCUCUACAGCCAGUGUGGACAGCAAGCACCCUCCAGAUCUAAGUAAAAUGUGGAGUGAGCCAUUUUAUCAGGAGACGUAUUUACCUUACAUGAUCCGCAGCAAGCUCAAGUUACUGCUUCACGGAGAUAAUGACCAGUCCCUGCUGACAUUUGUCGACAAUGCUGUGAGCAAGGAGCUCCAGAAAGUUCUCCUAGAGCUUCAUUACAGUCAGGAACUGAGUCUCCUUUACCUCCUGCAAGACGAUUUUGACAGAGCCAAAUAUUAUAUUGAAAAUGGCAUUCAGAUCUUUAUACAGACUUAUUCUAGUACUGAUGUCCUCUUACACAGAAGUAGACUCACCAAAUUGCAGUCUGUACAAGCUUUAACAGAAAUUCAGGAAUUUAUCAGCUUUAUAAGCAAACAAGGUAACUUGUCAUCUCAAGUCCCUCUUAAGAGACUUCUAAAAAUCUGGACAAACAGAUACCCUGAUGCUAAAAUGGACCCAAUGAAUAUCUGGGAUGAUGUCAUCACAAAUCGAUGUUUCUUUCUUAGCAAAAUCGAAGAGAAACUUACUCUUCUUCCAGAUGACCAUAGUAUGAAAGUGGAUAGAGAUGGAGAUUCCAGUGACAAGGAAGAAAUGCAAAAGCAGGAAAAAGAUAUUUUUUCUCUGAUUAAGAACUGUAAAUUUUCCAUGAAAAUGAAGAUGAUAGAAAGUGCGAGAAAACAGAACAGCUUCUCACUUGCCAUGAAACUACUGAAGGAGCUUCAUAAAGAGUCAAAAACAAGAGAAGAUUGGCUGGUGAAAUGGGUACAUAGCUAUUGUCGAUUGAGCCACUGCCGGAGCCAGACCCAGCAUCAUACUGAGCAAAUUCUCACUGUGUUGAAAUCCGUCUCUUUAUUGGAUGAGAACACAUCAAGCUACUUAAGCAAAAAUGUUGUGUCUUUUUGUGAUCAGAACAUACUCUUGGGUACCACUUACCAGAUCAUGGCUAAUGCUCUCAGCAGUGAUGCAGCAUGCCUUGCCCAAAUUGAGGAAAGCAAGGUUAGAAGAAUCUUGGAGCUUUCUGGAUCCAAUUCAGAGGAUGCAGAAAAGGUGAUGGCAGGUCUAUAUGAGAAGGCAUUCCAUUUCCUUUCUAAAGCUGUGCAGACUGCUGAGGAGGGGACCCAGUCUUCCACCAGGGACUAUGCCCACAUGGCUGGAGCAAUAGAUGCUUACAUGACUUUGGUAAAUUUCUGUGAUGGAGAGCUCCGUAAGGAGGAAGAGAAUCCAUCAGUUAUUGAUUCUGUAAAACUACAGACUUAUCCAGUACUUGUGGUGGAGAAAAUGUUGAAAGCUUUAAAAUUAAAUUCCACUGAAGCCAGGCUAAAAUUUCCCAGACUACUUCAGAUUAUAGAACACUAUCCAGAGGAAACCUUGAGCCUAAUGACAAAAGAGAUUUCUUCCAUUCCUUGCUGGCAGUUCAUUGGCUGGAUCAGCCACCUACUGGCCUUACUGGACAAAGAAGAAGCUGUGGCUGUGCAGCAUACUGUGGAAGAGAUUGCUGACAACUAUCCACAGGCGAUCGUCUACCCUUUCAUAAUAAGCAGUGAGAGCUAUGCCUUCAAGAAUACCUCUGCCAGUCAUAAGAACAAGGAGUUUGUGGCAAGGAUAAAAGGUAAAUUGGAUCAAGGAGGAGUGAUUCAAGAUUUCAUUAAUGCACUAGAACAGCUUUCCAAUCCUGAAAUGCUUUUUAAGGAUUGGACUGAUGAUAUCAAAGUUGAACUAGCAAAAAACCCUGUUAAUAAAAAGAACAUCGAAAAAAUGUAUGACAGAAUGUAUGCAGCCUUGGGAGACCCAAAGGCUCCAAGCCUAGGGCCUUUUAGAAGGAAGUUUGUUCAGGCCUUUGGAAAAGAAUUUGAUAAGUAUUUUGGGAAAGGAGGUUUUAAGCUACCUACAAUGAAGCUCAGUGACUUCAGCAAUAUCACUACCUCACUACUUUCAAAAAUGAAUGAAGUGUCGAAGCCACCUGGGAAUCUGAGCGAGUACUCACCCUGGAUGAGCAACUUCAAAGUGGAAUUUUUGAGAAAUGAGCUGGAGAUUCCUGGUCAGUAUGAUGGCAAAGGGAAACCAUUGCCUGAAUACCAUGCACGAAUCACUGGGUUUGAUGAACGGGUAAAAGUAAUGGCUUCUAUCAGAAAACCUAAGCGUAUCAUCAUCCGAGGACAUAAUGAGAGAGAAUACCCUUUCCUUGUAAAAGGAGGAGAAGAUCUGCGACAGGACCAACGCAUCGAGCAGCUCUUUGAAAUCAUGAAUGUCAUUCUUUCCCGUGAUGCUGCCUGUAGUCAGAGAAACAUGCAGUUAAAGACUUACCAGGUCAUACCCAUGACCACCAGAUUGGGAUUAAUUGAAUGGAUUGAAAAUACUUUCACCUUGAAGGAAAUUUUUCUUAAUACCAUGUCACAAGAGGAAAAAACCGCUUAUAUGAGGGAUCCAAAAGCACCACUGUCUGAAUAUAGGGACUGGCUGACAAAGAUGUCUGGAAAAUAUAAUAUUGGCGCUUACAUGCAAAUGUAUAAGGGAGCUAGUCGCACUGAAACCAUCACAUCUUUUCGAAAAAGAGAAAGUAGAAUGCCUGGAAAUCUCUUAAAGCGUGCUUUUUUGAAAAUGAGCACAGGCCCUGAGGCCUUCCUGGCACUUCGUUCCCACUUUGCCAGCUCUCACGCUGUGGUGUGUAUUAGCCACUGGAUCCUUGGAAUUGGAGAUAGACAUCUGAACAAUUUCAUGGUGAAUAUGGAAACUGGUGGCGUGAUUGGAAUUGACUUUGGACAUGCAUUUGGAUCAGCUACUCAAUUUCUGCCAGUGCCUGAAUUGAUGCCUUUUCGUCUAACUCGCCAGUUUAUCAAUCUGAUGUUACCAAUGAGGGAAACGGGUCUGAUGUACAGUGUAAUGGUACACAUACUAAGGGCCUUUCGCUCACAAUCAGACCUACUCACAAACAUCAUGGAUGUGUUUAUUAAGGAACCUUCCUUCGAUUGGAAAAACUUUGAACAAAAAAUGCUGAAGAAAGGAGGAUCAUGGAUUCAAGAAGUAAAUAUAACUGAAAAAAAUUGGUAUCCCCGGCAAAAAAUAAAUUAUGCUAAGAGAAAGCUAGCAGGUGCCAAUCCUGCAGUUAUUACUUGUGAUGAAUUACGCCUGGGCCAUGAGAAGGAGCCUGCCUUUAGAGAUUAUAUAGCUGUAGCACGGGGGAGCAAAGAUCACAACAUUCGUGCUCAAGAAACAGAUAGUGGGCUUUCAGAAGAAACUCAAGUAAAAUGCUUGAUUGACCAGGCAACAGACCCCAAUAUCCUUGGCAGAACUUGGGAAGGAUGGGAGCCCUGGAUGUGA